AUGACACCUGCUCCAACAUGGAAGACGGUCCUCGAGAUCGCCAAGGAGCGACACUCUUACUACAGCAUUAAGAACAGCUCCACCCUCUCCGACGACGAGCUCAUCACCAUCCUCAAGGAGUCGGUCAACAACAGCCCGACACCGUUCAACAACCAGAGCACUCGCGCCAUUCUUAUUCUUGGGCAGAAGAACAAGGACAUGUGGGAGGCCAUCUGGACUGCCCACAGGACGACCCUCUCGGGCCGUGAGUGUGUCCCACAUGGGCAAAGACUGACUUUGCAAGCGGAGCACGAGCGCAAGGCCCGCAUCAAGUACGAGGCUGCGUACCUUGGUGGUUACGGCACCUACCUCUUCUUCGACGAUGAGAACGUCGUCGACGGCAUGGUCAAGGCGAUGCCCAACCUCAGCACGGCUUUCCCCGCCUGGGUCGGUAACGCCGCCGGAAUCCUUCACUACAUUGUGUGGACCGCUCUCGAGUGCGCCGGCAUGGGAGCCAACCUCCAGCACUUCCCCCAGCUCUCCCCCGUCACUGCUCCUGCGCUCAAGGAGUUCCUCAAGACACCCGACAACUGGUCGUGCACCGCCAUGAUUCCGUUCGGCGAGAUCAACGGCGCCCCGCCCGAGCGCACCUACCUCCCCGUCGACGACAAGGUGCUCGUCAUUCAGUAA